AUGCAGGGACCCGGCGUUCCACCGCCGUCCGCCUCCUCCAGCGGGGAAUUCGCCAUCCACUCAGGCUUGAAUAUGCACGCCUCCUCGUCGCCUGGCACUGUAGCACCAGGAGCAGGCCCGUCGUCAUCAAUUAUGCCACAGAAGCCAUGGAAUCAGGCACAGCAUACUUCGUCCAUUCGGUCGGGGCGUCACAGCCACCUAUUGCCGUCACCGUCGGCGCAACAGCAGAGUCGGCCCAGAUCUACCACCUCUACUAGUUCUUCAUCCUCAUCGCGAAAGGAAGCAAGAUGGUGGCGCGUUCGUCUUUUUCGAGGCAUGAUCAAUGAUAUCAGACGUAGGGCGCCGUUCUACGCGAGUGACUGGACGGAUGCGUGGGAUUAUCGUGUCGUGCCAGCGACGGUAUACAUGUAUUUCGCCAAUAUUCUGCCCGCUCUGGCAUUCUCGCUCGACAUGUUCGAGAAGACGAACCAGAGUUAUGGCGUGAAUGAGGUGCUCCUGGCCUCGGUGCUCGGGGCAGUGGUCUUUUCGCUUUUUGCGGCGCAGCCUUUGGUGAUUGUUGGUGUGACCGGACCGAUUACUGUCUUCAAUUAUACGGUCUAUGAUAUCAUCUCCCCGAGAGGGACCAACUAUCUCGCUUUCAUGACAUGGAUUGGCAUAUGGUCGCUUAUCAUGCACUGGCUGCUGGCCAUUACCAAUGCGUGCAACGGCCUGACCUACGUGACUCGCUUUUCGUGCGACAUCUUCGGCUUCUACGUCGCCUUUAUCUAUCUGCAGAAGGGUAUUCAGGUUCUAACUCGGCAGUGGGGGUCUGCUGGCGAGACCUCGGCCUACCUGGCCAUCAUGGUUGCUUUGUUAGUGCUGAUGAGCGGUUGGAUCUGCGGCGAGCUCGGCAACAGCAACCUGUUUCAACGCUAUGUUCGCAAGUUCCUCGAGGAUUACGGCACCCCCUUGACCAUCGUGUUUUUCACGGGCUUUGUCCACAUCGGCCACAUGCGUGACGUCGACGUCGCUACCUUGCCCACCAGCAAGGCCUUCACUCCCACCGUUGACCGGCCCUGGCUCGUCCAUUUCUGGGACAUCGGCGUGGGUGAUGUCUUCCUUGCGAUUCCUUUCGCGGUUCUCCUCACCAUUCUCUUCUACUUUGAUCACAAUGUCUCCUCCCUCAUUGCGCAAGGAACGGAAUUCCCCCUCCGCAAACCAGCCGGAUUCCACUGGGACCUAUUCCUGCUCGGCCUGACGACCGGGGUGGCCGGGCUGCUGGGGAUCCCAUUCCCCAAUGGGCUCAUCCCCCAGGCGCCAUUCCACACAUCGGCGCUCUGUGUGACGCGCCAUGUCGCCGACGAAGACGACACGAACAAGGGGAAAGCCGUGCGGAUCACCGACCAUGUGGUCGAGCAGCGCGUCAGCAACCUGGCGCAGGGUCUGCUCACGCUGGGCACCAUGUCCGGCCCACUGCUGAUCGUGCUGCAUUUAAUCCCGCAGGGGGUGCUGGCGGGCCUCUUCUUCAUCAUGGGCGUCCAAGCCCUGCAGGGCAACGGCAUCACGCAGAAGCUCAUCUUUCUCGCGCAAGAUAAACAGUUCACCCCGGCUUCCAACCCGCUUAAACGUCUCGACCGCCGCGCCGCCAUCUGGGUCUUUGUCCUCCUCGAGCUGCUCGGUUUCGGCGCCACCUUCGCCAUCACCCAGACCAUCGCCGCCAUCGGGUUUCCCGUCAUCAUCCUGCUGCUUAUCCCUGUGCGUUCGUUCGUGUUACCCCGUUGGUUCGCCCGCGAGGAGCUCGCCGCCCUCGACGCCCCGACAGCCAGCCCGUUCACCAUGGAAAGCGUCGGCGGCACCCACGGCCUCGAUAGCGAGGAAGAAAUCCUCUCCCGACACCAUCACCAACAACAAGAACAACAGCCAGCCAGCCACACGGGAGAUGGCGGCCUUCUAUCAGGACGAGGACAGCCAGUUAGUAAGCGCCAGGCAGCAGUUGCAGCAGCCGUCCUCGGUGAACCCGGGUCUGGCGCGAUGAACCGCCGCGGCGAAUGGUCUUCUGCAGAGGAAUCGCCCGUCGAGGACGAGCUGGAACGCGGCGAACUAUACGAGCUACAGGCCCGAUCGGCUGUCAGGAGACGAAGCACGGCCAGUCGGACGAGCUGA